CAAAGUCAAUUUAAGGGAGUUUGGUUAAAAACAGCCCUUUGCGGAAGGGACGCACGUGUGGCAUUUGUUUGUAUUGUGAGAAGUUACGUCAAGCGAUCGAUUUAUUUGGGGGGGAAAUAUAAUUUUAUUUUACAAUGGAAAGUAAUUUAUACGUCGAUAUUUUAAAUAAUCAGUUGCCAAUAAUUUACCGAAAAGAAUACAAUGUAUAUUUUAUGGGUUUGGAAAAAUUGCAUCCUUUUGAUGCUAAAAAAUGGGGUAACAUUUUUAAGUUCUUGGAAGAGUUUGGACUGAUUUCUAAAGAGACUGUUACAGUGCCAAAUGAAGCAAAGAAGAAAGACUUGUUAAUGGUACAUUCGGAAAAGUAUUUAAAAAGUUUAAAGAAUAGUUGCAGAGUUGCUUGUAUAGCAGAAGUAAUUCCAUUGGUGCUAGUGCCAAAUUUUUUAGUACAAAAAGCGUAUUUAAAACCAAUGAGAUUUCAAACAGGGGGCUCAAUAUUAGCAGGAAAGCUGGCCGUUGAAAAAGGUUGGGCCAUAAACUUAGGCGGAGGUUUCCAUCAUUGUUCCGCUGUAAAAGGAGGAGGAUUUUGCGCUUAUGCAGAUAUAACAUUGUUAAUAAAACAUGUUGUUAAAUUCUAUCCAGAGAUUAAGAAGAUUUUAAUUGUGGAUCUGGACGCUCAUCAAGGAAAUGGCUAUGAACAUGAUUUUAAAUAUAGUGAUAAAGUUUAUAUUUUGGAUGUUUAUAAUAGACAUAUUUACCCAAAAGAUAAAAUUGCCAAACAGUAUAUUAGGAGGAAAGUGGAACUCAAUAUGUUCGUGGAAGAUGGUGAAUAUCUGAACAAAGUCAAAAAAAACUUAUUAGAAGCUUUGGAAGAAUUUCAUCCAAAUCUGGUUGUUUACAACGCUGGAACAGACGUUUUAAAAGGAGAUCCUUUAGGAGCAUUAUCUAUUUCUUCCGAUGGUAUUAUCAAAAGAGAUGAAAUUGUUUUUUCAAAUAUUCGGAAGAAAAAUAUCCCGAUAGUGAUGUUAACAAGUGGUGGUUAUCAAAAAUCGACUGCUAAAAUAAUUGCGACUUCAAUCAAGAACUUAUAUGAUAAGCAAUUAAUUGAAAAGCCAAAUAUUUAAAUUUAAUUAAUUUAGUUUAUUUUCCAUCUACAUUUAUAACUUAUAACUUUGGUAUGUGUAAUAUUUAUUAAUGUUGAUAUUUUAGAGUAUAGUUUAUUAAUGGAAAUUUUAUCAGUGAUAAUUAAAAUUACAAAUUUAGUAUUGUUUAAAAAUUUAAUAAAUGAA